UGAUAUCAUUUGUGCAUAGGUUUUGCAAAGACCUCAACUAGCAAAAAACGUGCAAAAAAAUAUUAUUCUAAAUAAAGAAGUUAAAUUCCAAAAGUUCUUAAUUUAAUGUAGUUUUUACAUUUAAUUUCUUUGACACAUCAUUACGCAUACAUCUAUGUUGGAUAGAAUACAAAGCUCUCUGUGACGAGUCACUAUUAUGAGAAUAGCAGUUCAGUAUAUUUUCAUUCUUACACUUUGUGGAUCUUCACAUGGAACAUCCAAAGUGAAGCGUGAUAUAUCCGACUUGAAGAAUGAUCCGAUCCUUAGUUCUAUUUUCGCUUCUGAUAAGGAAAACAGCAGAAAGGAUAGGUCAAUCAUAAAUGAUCACCAUGAUAGUAAUUUAAAAAAACAAUUGUUAGAGAACACUGAUAAACAAAAAAGAGAUGCUGACUUGUUGCCAGAGUUGAUGACAUUAAAUUCUAAUAGCAACAAUAAUGAACCAAUUAUCAGUAAACCUAUACCAAUACCUGAUAAUGAUCCAGCUCUUCUUGUUCUGGAUACAUCACAAUCAGCAGUCAACCCAUCUGCAUUGUUUGCUAAUUUUUUACCACUUACUUCUGAUGCUCAGCAAGGAUCUUUUCUUUCUUGGUAUCCAUGGAGUGGCAAAGUCAAUACCAUUUCUAAUAAACCUUAUACAAUGAGUAAAAAAUCUGUAUUGCCUAACAUCUUUGAAGAUAUUAAUAUUCCUUUGACUGUAGAUAAGAAAGAUGAUGUUCCUCAUGUUCAUCGUAGUUCUUUUCCAGUACAACUUAGAGUUCAUUCUCCCAAUGAAAAUUUGUUGGGAAUAGUUCCACAUGUUCCAGAAUAUGGCGAAACUGUUGCUUCAAUACAAACAGCUAGAAGUUUAGUUGAAAAUACUAGAAGUUCAAUUCCACAUCCUUCAGACAAUUUAGCAAUCAAAGCUCCAGAGGAUGAAGUUAUUGUGACCAAAAGCAUUAUUCCUAACACUAUAUUUACAAAUAUACCUGCACCAGCAGCAGUUGAAAAAAAGUCUGUUACCAAUGAACAAAAGCGUCAAUACAUUCCUACAAUGCAGCUAAACAAUUUGUUUUACCCACAAUACCAACAGUAUCAAGUUCCACAAUAUUCGAACUAUUUGCAAUAUCCAGCAAUUAAUGUUCAGCAGAGCCCAAUAGUGCAACCUAUGUAUCCAUCAACAGUUCAAAGUCUGCAACAGCAAAGUGCUAUUUCAAAUGAACCUUGUACCGAUCAAUAUCCAAUGUGUACAGCCUUUGCAAAAAACAACUACUGUUUUAAUUAUCCAGAUCUCAUGAAAAUUCAGUGUCGCAAAUCAUGUGGACAUUGUAUUCCAUCAUUUACACCUGUGGAAACAGUAGUUGCAAAUGAUACCACUGCAAAUGUUGAAAACCAAUCAAAAUCAGCUGUAAUCAAAGCAGCAAAAGGUAGAGAUUCUAAAAAAUCUAAUGAUAAAGGUUCAAAGUUAACAGAAAAAGUAAAAAAAGUAAAAUCAAAAUCCAAAAUAACAACAAUUGUUGUGCACAAAAAACCAGAUGAGAAGUUGAAGACUCAAACUAUUAAGCAUAAAGAGUUUGAUGGAAAAGCAACUGUUUCAACUAGCAAAUAUAAAAAUGAAGGAAUCGAUGAAGAAGAUAGUGGCUCUGGGUCAAGUGGUUCUGGAUUAGAUGCUGAGGGUGAAAGUGGUCUGAGUGAAGAGUCAGGAUCUGGAGUUAAUACUGUGAACACAAAAUCUUUUAAUGUCAGUAAAAUCUUAAUAACAAAAAAUAAUACAAAACCCCACACAACCGUGAAAAAAUUGGUAGAUGCAAAAAUUCAAGGUACUGAAAAAAAGAGCAGAAGAAGCAAAAUACCUGAUAAGAAACAGGUUUCACAUCCAGGAUUUAGUGAAUUCAAACUACCAGUAAAAAAGAGUGUUAUUCCUGUCUCAUCACUUGCAUUAGCUGAUAAAAAUGGAGAUGAUAUAGAUAGUGGUUCAGGUGACUCAUUGAUUGAAACUGCUUCAACAAAAAGUAAAAUUGUUUCAAAUGUAACUGAAAAAUCAUCAAGUCAGCAAUCAGCUAAACCACUUCCAAAAGUAUUAACAAAAGCAGUAAAGAAGAAAAACUCAAAAAACAUUCUUAUUAAUGUUCCAAAAUCUAAAAAUAAAAACAUUGGGCAUGCACAAAAUGUUUCCAUAAUUGCAAAACCAAAAAGCAAAACAAAAAAAACCAAAAAACAAGGAGUAAAUAUUAAAAUUGUUCAUAAAGAAAAAAAAAAUAAAGCUAAAACAAAAAGAAACCAACACAAAAUUUUAGUUGUGAAGAAAAACAAGGGAGAGAAAAAUGUGACUGUUAAAGUUGAAAACAAAUCAACAAAAAACAAAACGAACAUCAAAAAGAAAGAUGAACAAAUAAUAGUUAAGAAGCAGGAGAUAAGCCAAAGACCAGAAAAUGCUAACUCUGCCAUAUUUGCAAGCAAAUAUCCAAGGAUUGAUCUUCGUGCAAUUGCUAAUGCAUUGGCUAAAUAUGAAUCAGCUGCUUUAGAAUUAGCAGGUGAAUACCCAAAACCAGCACAAUUUGACAUGACUGAAUAUCAAAGAUCAAGUAUACCUCAUCCAGAAACUCUUUAUGUAAACAACAUUGAACAAAAUAUACAAAUAGCUGAACUUGUUACUAAAACUGAACGAGAUAAAAAAAAUAUAAUACCAAAGUAUUUAAAACUUUCCACUGAUGUCUUCAAAGAUGGAGAUUCCUUUCUUGAUACAGAGAAUGCUGAUAGCCUUGAUUCAGUAAGGCGGCGAUUUGAAAUUCCAGGAAUAGAACCAACUUUAAAUGAUUACUAUUCUGAAACUGGAAAAAUCAAUCCAUUUUCUUCAAAACAAAACAGAUAUAAAAAGAGCCAGAUUAUGAAGAUCAAAACGAUGAAUACAUCUUCAGAUCCUUAUGAAUACUUGAGAAAUAUGCCUCCUGGGGCUUCUAUGGAACCUAUAGAAGAUCCAAGAAAGCGUUCAAAUAUUCCAUCGGAUCAUUCGUUUCCAGUUUUUCUAAUGAAAGUAUCACCUGCUGACCAAAAAUAUAAACCAGAAGAAGCCUCAAAGCGAGGAAAAGUUCACCACUUAAAUGCAGAAGGCUUACCUAUUGAUGAUAAAGAGAAUGGAAACAAUAAUGCUCCUAUAACAUCAUCUCCAGUAGAAGAUCAUCAUGACACUCAACAAAAUUUUGUGAACACUGCAUUAGUAAGUCCAAUGAAUAUACCUUCGUAUCCCCAAGCCAUGCAGUUUGUUCCCCCGCCUUACAUGCAACCUGGGUUUUUUCAGUAUCCAGGAGUACCAGCUUUACCAGAGGAACAUGCAGCAGUUUCUCCACCAAUAGGUUUUACUGUUGAACAGCUCACAGCACCAAGAACAAGUACUGCUUUUGCACAUGAAGAUCAAGUUGAAAAUCAGCCAAAGGAUUCUUUAAGGAGCAAAAUGCUAAGUGCUUUUUUUACUGUAAAAAAUGGAGAGGGUGUUUCAGAUGAAGGAUCUGGCGCAACCUCAAGUGAUAAAAUAGGAAAAAGCAAUUUAGGUGAGACAGGGUCAGGCGAUGGUAAUGAAGAUGCACAAAAGCCAGUUAUAUCACUUCAUAACCUUCUUAAAAAUGAUUUACUGUUAUCAGAUGAUAAAUCAUCAAAUAUUGGAAAAUCUAGCAGUUUCAAAAGCCCAUCAAACAACCAACAGGAUCCCUCUGCAAAUUAUUUGCGGUCUAACUUAGCAGCGCUUACUCCAGAGAGUGGAAAGUCAAAUACUGAUGAACAAUCUGUUAUGUCUGGUGAACAUGCAAUGUCUACAAAAAUGAGAAAAACUCAAGAAACUAACUGGAUGCGUCCGAAUCCUGAGUCUGAACUAGCAUCAGCAUUACCUGAAUCAUACAUAGAUUCUUCAGAUUUGAACAAAGUUGAACAUCCAUCGGAAAGGGAGUUAGAAAUAGUUCCUAAAAGGAAAAUAAAAGGAAGUCAUUUAGCAAAAAAAGUUCCUGGAGAUGCCCACUUUUCUAAUUACUUGGUAAAAAAACACAGCAAAGAAGCUUUUGAGAAACACAGUUUUCAUCUGUUUAAACCCUUGCAUCGUUUUAAUGAAAAGAGUAUAAACCAUCUUUUAACAAAAGUUGAAGAAGACGCAAAUCUAAGCUCUAAGUUUAAGGACCAUAAAUUAAAUAUUAAUUUUAAUAAAAACCCAGCUUAUCAUGAUAACAGAAAUGAAUAUGAUUCUGAUAGAUAUUCAAUAUUUGACUCUCAAAAGUCAAAGAUUAAGCAUAAAUUGGCUUAUUUUCCUGUGAAAGGAAAGCAUCUCAGUAAAUUUAUCAAUAGCAGUAAUGUUAACUUUAAUAUACUCUUAAAUCGAAAUUUUCCUCAUAAGUAUAAUUCUUUAAUAAGGCCACUUAGUAUAGUACAUAAAACAAGUUUUCCUUCUAUAUAUAUACCUCCUGACCGUUAUUUUGAAAAAUAUGAUCCGGUUUUAAAAAAAAAUCUUAUUCAGCAUACAUUAAAGAAUAUCAAUUAUGGUAAAAUGAAAACAACAUCAAAUAAAGGUAACUUUAGACACCUUUUUAAUAAAGUUCAUACUAGUCAAUCUUCCCAUGUACGUCCUCAAAAUUUGAUUGGUCGAAAAUAUAUUGAACAGCCUGCUGAUCACAAAGCAGUAUUAAAAACUUUUCUUCAAAGCCAAGCAAAAGGUUCUCUUGGUUAUGCCUUUUAUGAUAAACUACUAUCAAAUGGUUAUUCAAAAAAAAUAGAUUCAAAGAGAAGAAAAGUUGCUGCAAACAGCAAGAGUGUUCCUUCAAAGGAGACUUCUAGCCAUCAAAAUUCAUUGAACCAAGCAUUUUUAAUGGAAAAUGCUUCACCACGCGAUCAAAUACCAUCAAAAUAUAUUACAACCAAAAAAGCAAUAAUGCAAGCAGAUAUGGUACGUGGACAACCAACAUCUGAUAUAACUAAAAAAUUUAUCAACCAAAAAAAAGUUUUGAGUAAAAACUUGUUUGAGAGUUUCCCAUCCCAAGAUAUAGCCAUAACUCAUCUUAAAGAUGAUAUUGAUAAAUCUAUUCUUAUGGAAUUUCCUAAAUCACCUUUUUCUUCUCACAAUAUAAAUAGUUUUGCUAAAGAAGCUAACAAUCCUUUAAAUACAAAAAGUUUUGUAAACAAGAACUUAUUAAUAUCUUUGAACUCAAAAUCAUCUCAAAAUAAUCAAAACAAUGGAUAUUCUAACAGAGAUAAAAUACCAAAUUUUAAUAGAGAUAAUAUACAAAACAACAUUCCAUACUUAUGGAGACAGUAUUCUAACAAUAUAGUUCCGAGUAUUUCUGUUGCUUCUGAAUCUCCAGAUUUUCAAAUGCCAGUUCAAGUUUCAUUUAGCAAACAAGAAUCUUCUUUACUUUCAGCAAAAGUAGGUUCUGCAAAGUAUGAGCAAAACCCUGUAGCUCAAAUUGUAGCAAACAAGCAAUUAGAUGCUGGUUCUGGUCAGAAUUAUCUUAAUCAAGCUGGGGUUUCAGUGCAACCUUUAUUGCAUAAUACAAUGGAAUCAAAAAAACAAACAAUAUCACAAGGGGUUCGUAAAAACCUUAUAAAACAACAACCAGAUCUUGAUUGUGGGGAUGAUUGGGAAGGUGCUCGCGGAGAUUUUGGAACAUUUUGUUAUAAAGAAAUUAAAGUAAAAGCUACAUUUGAUGAUGCCCUUGCAGAGUGCCGAAGACUAAAGGGAGAUCUCUUUAGUAUAUUAAAUGCUUAUGAAAAUCGAUAUCUUCAGGAUAAUAUACAUGAAAGGUUUUGGAUUGGUUACAGAGAUAAAGGUAUGGAUGGUAACUGGAAUUGGACUGAUGGUAGUAAGAGUAUUUAUACAAAUUGGGCUAAUAAUGCAGAUGGUGAUGACAGCAAACGAUUUGAUUGUGUUUAUGUUGAGGCUGACCAAGGGUUGUGGAAAGAUGCACCUUGCAAUAAAAAACAACCUUUUUUAUGUAAAAAGAAAAAAGAAGUUUGUCCAAAAGAUUGGAAAAAUUUAAAACUUAAUUCAGCUAAUGGUUGCUAUAAACUUUUUGAAACAUCUUUGGGAUGGGAAGAUGCAGAGCAUGAAUGUGAAAAAAACCAUUCACAUUUAGCAAGUUUAACAAGUGAAGACGAACAAACUAUGGUUUAUCAGGUGCAUUCAUCAAAGUCUUUUUGGAUUGGGUUUAAUGACCGAGAGAAUGAAGGAGAUUGGAUGUGGAGUGAUAGAACAACCUCUUCAUACACAAAUUGGGCUGAAAGGGCGCCUACUAAUGGUGGACUAAGUUGUACUUCAAUGAUAGAUGGUGGGAAGUGGCAUGAUGAACCUUGUGGAGAAAAAUAUAAAUUUGUUUGCAAAAGAAAAGGCCCACAACCAGAGAAAACUGAAGGCAUGGAUAGUGAUGGAGUAUUACUUCCAGUUGCUCGAUUAAUGAUGAGACCUGAAACCUCUCCAAGCCAUAUUUAUGAUGACAUAGCAAAAGGUGGAUUACAUCCAGUGACUCCAAAAUUUUUUUGGCCUCUGUUGAAGAUUAGUAAAUCUGGUCUAGCAGGCAAUAGACCUAUGGCAGCUCAUGGUGGUGUUAGAGUUGUGCCUGGGGGUGUUGCUUUAGAUGGUAUUCAUGGCUUUUUGGAUGGUGGAGAUUUUCAUGGAAAGUGUCUAGCAGAUCCUAAGAAAUGUAUUAAAGGCUUCACAAUAGCAAUACAUAUUUAUUUUGAUAAAAUUGUCCGGCAGUACAAAAAAGAGCAUUGCGUAAUUGACACAUCUGGAGGAGGUAAAGGCUUCACAAUUUUUAUUGCUAAUAACAAACUGAAUUAUAAAGUUGUUACAGAUGAGCAAACAUGGCAUCUUCAAACAGAUCUCACUGUAGAAAUUUGGGAACAAAUUGUUAUGACCUGGCAUAAAGAUAAAGGAUUAUCUGUGUUUGUUAAUGGAGCCUUUAAAGAUUCAGAAACUACAAGUAAAAAGUCUGUUAUAGUUUCUAAUGGACCCACACGUUUAAUUGUUGGCAGAGAAGAUAAAGAUAAAGGCCCAUACUCAUGUACAAAGAUGGUUGUUGCCUCAGUUGCUAUUUUUACCAAAAUGCUUUCUAUUGAAGAUGUGCCUUAUGCAUUCACUUAUGGAGAUACUGUGGUUGCAAGUUAUCGAUGGCUAAUGUCAGGUGUUCAAGAAUCAGUUGUUCCAGGUGCACCUGAAAUUGAAGUAAAGAAUACCCCAACCGAUAUAGAUGGAGGUAUAUUUAUUGAUGGAACAAAAAAUUGGUUAGAAAUAGAUGAGUUGGAUCCAAUGAUUAGUGAUGUUUACUCUAAAGCUAAACAUGGUUUUGCAAUUAGUUUUAAAAUAAAAUUUGAUCAAAGGGUUAGAGAGUACAGAGAGCCACGCUAUGUUAUUGACUCUGGUGGUCAUGUGGGUGGAAUUAGAGGUGUGUCUGUAUUUGUUGUCAAUGACAACUUAUACUUUCAAGUUAUUGAUAGCCCUGAUGAAGAUGUUUUGAUAUGGAAAGUUCGAGUUCCUGUUUACACGGUUCGAUGGCAGCGAGUAAUGAUGAGUUGGAGGCUCGACAAAGGUUUGUGGGUAUAUUUAGAUGGAGCUUUUCGGGGGUUUACAAAAACACCUAUAACCUUGCCAGAAGAAAUUAAAGAAAUACCAAAAAAGUUAGUUGUUGGUAGGAAAAUCAUAGGGCCUGAUUAUGCAGGAGCACAAUUUGCUUUUGGUUGUUUAGCUGUUUAUGGUCGAUACCUUUCACACAAAGAGUCAAAUUUGGUUUUUGGUGGAGCUGACAACCCAUUUCCUGGCAUUAUUAGAGAAGUGUGGAAAAAUUUACCAGGAGAAAAUAUUACUGUUUUAGAAAAAAAUCCUGAUUACCCAAACAACCCAACAACAAUUGAAAUAAUUGAAAAUUUCGAUGCUCCGUUUAAUGUUGAUAAUGACUAUGGCUCUAAAGUGAAAGGCUAUUUCAUUGCACCUGAAACUGGAAACACAACAUUUUAUUUGUCAUGCAGUAAAUCUUGUAAGUUGUUUUUUAGUGCUGAUGAAGAAUCAAAAAACAAGACUGUAAUAAUUUCUCUUAAUAAACCAACAUGGCACAAUCAAUGGAACAAAUAUGCUAACCAAUCAUCAAAAGAAAUUUAUUUAGUUGCUGGGAAGUUUUAUUUUCUUGAGGCAAUUCAGAAAGGUGUUGAUGCAAGUGAUUCACUUAGUGUUGGUGUUCGUAUGCCUACUGGAAGAUAUCAAAGGCCAAUUAGUAUUGAAAAUCUCCAAUGGCGUUUACCAGGUAAUCAACAUGCAGGUUUAAUCAGAGAAGUGUGGUAUAACAUACCUGGUUAUUCUAUAUCAGAUUUAACAUCAAACAUCAACUUCCCAUCUAAACCUUCCAGUACAGAAGUGCUUGAUAAAUUUGAUGCUCCUUUUAAUGUAGAUGAUAACUAUGGCUCACGAAUAUCAGGGUAUUUUCGUGCUCCUGACACUGGCGAUUACAGGUUUUAUUUGGCAACUGAUAGUAGUGGAGAACUUUGGCUCAGUUCAGAUGAUAGUGAAAGCAAUCUUGUCAAGCUAAUUACACUGAAUGGUUGGACUGAUCAUAAUCAGUGGCUUAAGUAUCCUGAACAGAGGUCUGAGAAAAUAUUUCUUGUAUCUGGUCAGUACUACUUUAUUCGUGUUUACAUGAAAGCAGAUAAGUUAGGAGACUGUGCAUCUGUUGCUGUUGAAUUACCAAGUGGUCAUUUUGAAGGACCAAUUAAAAAGAAACAUCUAUCUUGGAAACUUACUAACUCUAAAGAAGGACCUGGACCUAAAGAGAUAAUUGAACCCCUACCUAAGCCAGUUGGUUUGUUUGCUUUAAAUGAUGCCUCAGUAAAGGACAUUUUACUUCCAGGUGAAAACAAAAUAAUUCUUGGUGAUGUUGAUCUAACCUCAGGACCAACAGGCCUUAAAGAUGACGCAUUCUUGUUCAAAGGGAAUCGUUCCUCAUACAUUGAAAUACCAAAUGAUGGAAAAUUAGAUGUAAAACACUCUUUAACAAUCCUGGCAAAUAUAUAUCCAAUGGGUGAAGAUGGUCCCAUCAUUAAUUUUAAACGAGAUGGUUGGGGAGUUCAUUUAUGGCAGUUUAGUAAGACACAACUUUUUGUUAGAUUUGUAACACGUGAAGGAAAAAUGAGUAUGCAGCCUUUGGGUACAAGAGUGUUACAACUCAAUAAAUGGAAUCAAGUUGGUGCUACUUAUGACAAAAGUUCUGGUGUAGCUCAGUUAUGGCAUGAUGGGAAGAUGGUUAAAAGCAGAAAUAUAGGACAAGUAGACCUUUUGACUAAUGCACCUAUUAGACUUGGUGCCAGAGAAGGUGAUGAUCGUUUUUUCAAGGGAAAAAUUGCAUGUAUUCAAAUAUAUGACAGAGCUUUAAGUGCUGAUCAAAUUGGUGAAGUUAAACACUGUCCAAAACAGAGUAAAGGUUCUCCAAUCGACAUUGAUGAUUUAACAGUAUUUGCUCAAGGAUCUGGUAUUGGACCUCGACUUGAAGAGUCAGAGUCAGUGGAGAACAGAAUUGGUGAAGACACUGAAGAAGAACUUAUUGUCCAAGGAGAAAGAAGCAAAGUAACUCGAUGCGAUCCUAGUCCUUGUUUGAACAGUGGUGAAUGUAUUGAUGAUGACAAAAAAAUUGAUGGUUACAAAUGCAUAUGUACUAGUGAUUUCACAGGAAAGCAUUGUCAAGUAUCAAAACCUGCUGCAGAGAAUCCUGUAAUGAAAAGAACAGUUAUCUCUUAUAUUAAAAAAGAUGAAGAACCAAUAAAACAAGCAACAAGCAAAGCAGAUGAAAGUUUGUUAUUAUAUCAAAAGAUUGGUUGUUACAAAGAUGAUUUUUUAAACAGUGAUUUAAAAAUAAAGAUAUCAGAAAUAAGUAAUCUUACUCAGGACCACUGCGUUCGGGCUUGUGCCAGGGAAGAUAACUCAUCUUCAUAUUUUGGUUUGCAAAAUGGUAUCUUUUGUUUUUGUGGCAACAAGUAUGGUAAAUAUGGUAAAAUUGCUGACAGUUUUUGUAAUAAAAUGUGUCCUGGAAAUUCAGAAGAAAAUUGUGGAGGAGAAUUUGCCAAUAAUCUGUUUUUUUUUGGACGAAGCAAAAAUUAUACCAUAAAAACGUUUACUGGAAAGCAACAAGGUGCUGGAACAGAUGCUAAAAUAUAUGUUGAGCUGCUUGGUGACCGGGGAAACUCAGACUUUAGACAGUUAGAUAAUGCCAUUGAUAAAUAUGAACCGGGAAGCACUGAUCAACAAACGUUUGCAUUACCUGAUCUAGGUAACUUGAAACGAGUGAGAAUACUGCAUGACAAUUCGGGAUCAGCUCCAAGUUGGUUUCUUUCUAAGGUAGAGGUGACGGACGAACUAGGACAUACUGAAGAGUUUCCUUGCAAUGACUGGCUAAGCGAAACGCAAAGUGGCGGGAAGUUAGAACGGGACUUGUUUGCUAAGUCAAUAAUUUUCAAACCGUCGUAAAGGAACGUAGAUCUUUUGUAAGACUUAUAAAACUCAAAGGUUUUAUUAUACGUUCAAAAAAGACCGAAACCGUUCACGGUUUCACAGACAACAAAACUGCUAAAGUGAAUACAGCGUAUUAAUAAAAAGAAUGUAUCAAAGAUCAUAAACUUUAUUGCUCCUGUGGUUGCAUAUACUGUUAAAUAAAAGGAAAACCACUGAUGAAAUCCAAAGUACAUGAAAUGUUUUUUAUAGUGUCCUUGUAAAUCUUGUUUCUCUAGACUUGUAAAUAAAAAUUUUUUAUACACGAAACAUGCAAAUAUUUUAUGCUACCAUUUGUACAUUGUUUGUAAUUUAAAU